UUCUAAAAAUUAUUAUUCAUCAAAAUGGGUUAAGAUGGAUACAUUAAAAGAAGCAGCUUGUCGAGUCAUUCAACAUCAAGAGAAACAUGGAAUUAACGGGGUCACCGACAAUCUUUUUACUUUAUCAUCAUUCAAAGCUGAAUUCGCAUCCAUAGCAAUGCCAAAUGUUAUAUUAUCAGAUUUCGAUCUAAAGAUUUUGAUAACAUAUUUGGAGUCUGAACGUAAAAUUUUGAUAACAGAUUCCUUGCACGAGGAUGUUAAUAAAAAAGAAAAUGAUAUGAUUAUUAAAUUUAGAGCGAGAAAUGUCAAUGUUAAUACAAAAUUUGAAAUUACUUCGAUUGAUCGUGGGAUCAUUUAUAUCAAGGAAACAUGUAAUAAAUUACAUCAACAAAUUCAUGACAUAGAAGAGCGGAUAAAAGAGUAUGUAUUUCAAAACUUGUUACUUGUAGUGAAUUCUUGGCGUACUUAUCAGGAUUUUACACUUUUUUUUAGAAUAUCAGCCAAAAUUCGCAAUCAUAUUCUUCAAAAACAAAGUGUUAUGGCGAAACAUCGUUUGAGACAAAAGAUUCACCUCGAAAAAGUUUUGUCAAAAAGGGUCGGGUCUUUAGAAACUGUUGAGGGGAUUCUUCUGAAGAUUCAAGGUGCAGCAACGGAUGCGGAAAUAAUCGAUAUAUAUAACGUUGGUGCAAAUACUCUACAUGAUGUUAUGGCUUCAAACGGUCUCACAGCCGAUUCAGUAGACGCUACGAUAGAUAGGUUACAAGAAAUUUUAGCAGAUCAACAAGAAAUCGAUGAGGCCAUGAAGCUAGGAAAUGAAACCUUACUUGAUACAACUAUUGUCCAAGACGAUGAAUUGGAAAAAGAAUUAGAAGAUUU